UGCAACGAGUGUUUGAUACAGUUGCCGUGUCCGACUAAAUCCUUGUGUGCAAAUGGAUCGGGGGGAGUUUUUGGUCUCCCUGACGGCUGGUGGACUAGCUGGAGCUUGCGUUGACCUGAUAUUGUUCCCUUUGGAUACAGUCAAAACUAGACUACAGAGCCCGCAAGGAUUUAAGAAGGCUGGUGGCUUCCGGGGCAUCUACGCUGGUGUUCCUUCUACCGCUGUAGGGUCUUUUCCAAAUGCUGCUGCCUUUUUUGUCACAUACGAAUAUACGAAAGCCAUGCUCCGCACAGAUGCAUCGCCGUAUUUAAUUCCGAUAACACACAUGCUGGCUGCCUCCUUUGGAGAAGUAGUUGCUUGUCUAAUACGGGUUCCCUCUGAAGUUGUGAAACAGAGAGCACAAGUCUCCCCCUCUUCCAGUACCUUACGGAUCCUUUCCAACACAAUAUGUGAAGAGGGUAUUCUAGGACUCUACCGAGGUUAUAAAAGCACGGUAUUAAGAGAGAUUCCGUUCUCUCUGGUCCAAUUUCCUGUGUGGGAGUACUUAAAGGAACUCUGGUCAUGGAAGCAAGGACACGUGGUCGAUUCUUGGCAGUCUGCAGUCUGUGGAGCUUUUGCAGGUGGAUUUGCAGCUGCAGUCACCACCCCUCUGGAUGUAGCCAAGACAAGAAUUAUGUUGGCAAAGACUGGUUCCAGAAAUGCAGCUGGGAAUGUGUUGUCAGCUCUGCAUGGAGUGUGGAAGACCCAAGGGAUGACUGGAUUGUUUGCAGGCAUUGUCCCUCGAGUAUCCGCCAUCAGUCUUGGAGGCUUUAUCUUCCUUGGGAUGUAUGACAAGAUACGAAGUUUGCUUUUGUGAGUCGGCUCUGGGACUUGAAACAAACAGCUGAGGAGCUGCUUCCUUUCUUUCCUAAGAAAAAUGCACGUUCGUGGAAGUUCUUCAUUUGCCUUCCCACCGGUUUCUCCCUCCCCCCCCCCUCCUCCUGCCCCCAGCCCGUCCUGGCUCCUGUGGCUCAGCAGCUGUUCAGCAGCCUGGACUCUAUUCUCACUAUUUAAACAAAAAACGAGUCCCCUUAAUUCCGUUUCCCUAAUAUAAAAUUUCCGUGUAUGGAAACCCCUGUUCUAGUGGUGAGCUCAUUGGAAGGAGUGUGCCAAGAAAGGCAACUUUUGGGGGCAAACGGCUCGAUUUAUGGGCUGCACCGUUGUGCCUGAAAGGCAUUAUUAUUAGAACUCGUUUAGGGAGAAUGAUGUGCAAACGAGAAGAACAUGGCCUGCGCAGCGUGGCAGGAAUUAAAGGAACCUUCUUUCAUUUUGUGACACUGGAAUUGAGGAAGACCGCACCAUUUAUUUGCAUUGCCAAAGGCCUGCUGUGAUCCAGAGGAUGGAAGAGGUUGUGUGCGGGUUUCUUUAAGGGGAAAAAGGCCACUUGCUUCUUGUCUGAAGACCAUUUGGAAAGUUUAGACCACUAUUCAUACCUGCAGGUGCAUAGUAAGCAUUCUUGCUUGGAUAAGCAAGGCUGCCUUUUUUAAUUAGACUCAGAUUUCUCCAGUAAAAGUACAAUGUUGUAUUAUUUUACUGUCUGACAAUGUUGCCUAUGAAAAAGAAACAAAGCCCUUUUCCCCCUUUCCUUUCCCACCCCCGGCCUCUAUAUCAGCCCAGUCUCGCAGAACAAGAAAAAGGGGACUGGGGGUGGGGGGAAGAUUCCAUCUGUUUGGUGACUUAAGUCUGCAGUCCCCAGUCCUUUUAUUGUAGGACAGUAACCAAAAUCAGUGGGUCCGUUCUGGAAUGAAUAGUGAGCAAUAGGUUGCAGUCUAUGCCACAGUCCUCAGGAUAGCAGAGUGAACUGGGUGGCACAACUGGAUUUCUAAUUUUUAUACCCUUCUUGGCAAGCUGGUAUCAAAAAUUUGAGGCAUUUCAAAACCAGCUCGUGAUGCAUCAAGGGCCCAGCACUAUUAGCAGUCGGGAAACGGUACACCCAACUGUGACAGACUAUAGCUGCCAGUAAGAUAUUGAGAGAGCGAAUGCCUGCCCAUGCUGUUUUGUAGACCCAGUUAACAUUUAAAUAAAUGCAGCCCAAGUUCGUCCGAUAACUGAGUCUUGUGUUUUUCUUCCACGUUCAUCAGCAACAUGACAACCUAGAAAAACAUUCCUUAUCAGUGAUAUUAAGAAUACAAUCCUAUGCAUAUUUACUCAGAAGCAAGUCCCCAUUGUAUUCAACUAGACUUACUCCAUAGUAAUUGACGGAUUGCAACCUAAGAGGCAUCUUGGAAAUCCCAAAGGUGUAGGCAAUGUAGAAUUUUGUUUUCGCCACCCCUCCGCCAGAACAGAUCCUGGUCUAGACAAAACUACUGAUAUUAUAAAUGGACCU